UAAGAGGAUCGGGUAGAAAAUUUAUCUGGAAAAGAAUGGACCGUUCUUUCUAAGGGAGAGGAGUCUGGGUUAAACUCACUCAGCCCCGUUGCCGCGUCAGCCAUUACACCUUGCUGAGUCAAAGAUCUUUACGUCUAAAAGAAAGAAAAUAUACCUCUCUAGACACUUUAAGACCGAUAGCAGAGUGAAAAAACAUACGUAAGCUCGGUCCGUGUGCAUUUCGUGAACGAAAGUGAAUUAAAAGGCUCGUAAAACUGAGUACUUGACGAAUAAAGGAACAAAGGCGGAAGUAUUAGAUUCAUGGCUGAACAACAAGCUCCUCAGGAUGUGGAAAUGGCGAAUGACCCCUCAGAUACGCCACAAUCGCAGCCGAUAGCAGCAAACCAAGUACAGAAUGAAGCUGGUGGUUUUGUAUGGCAAGUGGAUGACUUAGAGCGGUUUCGACGCUUCCUCGUGCUUGGAAGUGAAGGCGGAACGUACUACGCGUCGCAGCAACAACUUGGGCAAGAGAACGCUCAAGCUUUAAUGCGACUUAUCGCCCAAGGUAGGGGACCCGAAGCCGUAAAAAUUAUAGUCGAAUACAGCACAGGGGGUCGUACGGCCAAGCAAGACCCGAUAAUUCUAUCUUUGGCUUUGUGUGCUCGAUCGAAGCACAUGGAAACCAAACGCGCUGCUUAUGCCGCCCUCGGCGAAGUAUUGCGAAUUCCAACGCACCUCUUUAACUUCGUGGAGAUCUGCGAGACCCUAAGCAAACCAUCGACUGGCUGGGGCAGAGCACAUCGAAAAGCAAUUCAAAAAUGGUACACUGGGAAGAAGCCACGCGGUCUUGCAAUAGCCGUAACCAAGUACAAACAGCGCAAUGGCUGGUCACACCGGGACCUGUUUAGACUUUGCCACGUAAAACCGACCGAUCCAGCUAUUCAAUUUGUUGUGAAGUAUGUGAUUAAAGGAUUUGAUGCUGUUAAACAAGAUGCUGGGAAGGCUGGAGUUAGUCAGGAAGUUACCUCUGUGUACACCUUUUUAGAAGGGGUAGAACAAGCCAAGACAAUGAGUGAAGACGAGUUGGUCAGCGCCAUUCCAAGGCAUGGGCUGGUGAGGGAACAUAUUCCCACAAACCAUCUUAGCUCCAAAAAGGUAACGAAUUUAUUAGUUUAAACGCAAUAAAAGAAAGUUAUUGAAAAAAAUUCUUGUAAUACCAAAUAUCUAUGAACUGAGAUUGAUAAGGUGUUUCACUGAGGUUGAAGGCAAUUGAUGCUUGUUAAUUGAUGUCAAAAGUACUGCCUGAAAUCAGUUUGUGGUUUAUAAUACCCAAUCAUUUGUGGAUUUGUUAAAAUUAUGAUCCAAGCUUAAAAAGUUACCUCAGCAACAAUACAACAUCUCUCUGACACUUUUCCUUUAAACAUGUAGUCUGAUUGUUGUAGCAAAUGUGUGUAUGGAAGGGGCUGGUGUUAAUGACGUUAGGUGAUGUUUUGACAAGUUGAGUAGAAUGGUCAUUGGAGUGAAGUCAAGUGAUUAUGCAUGGAUAGGACUCCUAUUCAGAUUGAGGAAAUGUCAGUAAUUGUCACAGACAAUGGUUUCCUUGAAGACUACUCACCUGCAAAAUUGCACUACACAACACUUGUUACCUUCUUGUUGAAACCAUGUACUUAACUUUUCAUUUUGUUAAAUUCAAAGGGUUGUAUAUAAUGGCCUUAGAAUUAUUCUUGGUAAUUAAAACAGUUCCUUUUUGUCAUGAACAGAUCUGGGAAGCACUCCUUGAAAAAAUGCCUAUGACAGCCAUGAUCAGAAAUCUUGGGAAAAUGACGAGUGUUGGUGUAUUAGCCCCCUUGACAGAUGGAAUGACCAAAGUCUGUGAUAAGUUGAGGGAUCAAGAGAGCCUCAAGAGUGCGCGCGUUCACCCAUUCUCCAUCCUUCUGGCUCUGAAGCAGUACCAAGCAGGUCAAGGAGACAAAGGGAAGCUUACAUGGCAACCAAAUCAAGCAAUUGUUUCAGCUUUGGAUGAAGCAUUUUACAUUGCAUUUAAGGUUUGUGAAAGAGAGGGUUUCCUGUUUUUGUACCUGACUUUUGUGUUAGUCAUAAGAAAGACCAAUCAUAUUAAGUGUGUAUAACCCCAUAAGCUUUAAGGUUAAGUUUAUAAGAACUCAGUUCUGUGCUGUUAAGUUAUAUUACAGGUCUAAGAUCAAAGAAUUGAGUAAUGCAGGAAAAUUGUAAUCUAUAUUGUCUGAAAGAAAACCUAUCAAAAAUUUAAAAAUGGUUCAGAUAUGAUUUCAAGACAGUGAUCACCUUAAAUUAUUUUUAUUCUGGAGUGUCCAUCCAGAGCUACUCUAUUCAGAAGAAUAUAAAAAGAUAGGAAUAUUACUUGACAAAGUUAAAAGAUCAUUCCACUAACCACUUUCCACAUCAUUAAUAGUUAUCAUUUAAGCCUGAAAGUUUUAUCACCUGGGGCCCAUUUUGUGAAGGUCCCAGUAACUUAAUCAGCCAAUAAAGCUGUUUCACUCAACUAACCCUAAGCAAAAGGUUGGAAAAUUAUGAAAUAAGACUAUAAGCUAAAGAAACAAGAUGGAUUGGUUAGGGUACCAGAACCUACCUUUCUGUUCUUAAAAUUUUGGUUUUGAAAUAUGGCUUUGGGAUCUUUUAGUUACCAGGACUCUAAAGGAACAGACUCCUGGUCAUAAUUGUAACUUUUAAAUAAUUUCAUAGAAAUUCCAUUUUUUUGUUUUCAGACUGUUCAACCCACCAACAAGAGAUAUCUUCUGGCUAUUGAUGUCAGUGGCUCCAUGUCUUGGGGGAACUGUAAUGGUACAACCAUCACCCCAAGGGUUGCAUCUGCUGCCAUGGCAAUGCUAACAGCCCACACAGAGCCACAGUAUCAUUUUGUAGGCUUUUCACAUCGUUUGGUGCCUCUUAAUAUUAACUCCACUCAGAGACUUGACACAGUUUUAAGAACCAUUGAACAGGUGAGUUGAGAAAUGACUUAAGCUUAAUUCAGAUUUUGUUUCUUUUACAAAGUAAGUCUUGACUGCUUAGUUGGGAUCUCAAGUUCCCAAAUGAACAUUUGUAUGCAUCUUUGGAUAGCUUGGACUUUUCAAGUUAUUUUAUUUGCUGUCACAUAUUUUUAGUCUUCAGGGUUUAUGCUGUUGUGGGGUAAAACUUGAAGGGUUCUAUACAAUGUAUCUAAACAUAAUUUAAGAAUGUAAUCUUUUACUUACAGGCUAUAUGCACCAAUUUGAAAGACCUACCACAUCAUGCUUUCAGUUUAACUGUCCACAGCAAAUCUUGCCCUGCUUUUAAUUGAAAUAAUAUUUGUCACUUUUUAUAGUAAUUUUAACAGUUUGAAAUUAUCUAUUCUUUGUGUCAGGGAGAGCAACAAGUUAUUUUUACAACUUUUUAGUCAUACAAUCAGUUUUUAUGUGUCCACCAGUUUCCUAGUGCUAAUAUUUGACAUGUCUUACAGGUUCCUAUGGGAGGUACUGACUGUGCACAGCCUAUGUUGUAUGCCAAGGAAAAUAACCUUAAGGUUGAUGUGUUUAUUAUUUACACCGACUGUGAAACAUGGGCAGGACCAGUGCAUCCCAGUGAGGCUCUCAAGCAAUACAGGGCUCAGUCUGGUAUUGAUGCUAAGCUCAUUGUCUGUGCAAUGACAUCCAGUGGAUUUACUUUGGCUGAUCCAGAUGACAGAGGAAUGCUCGACAUGGCUGGGUUUGACUCUGCUGCCCCCGACAUCAUCAGAGAGUUUGUGCUGGGUCUCUAAACACUAAUGUGUAGCCAGACUUAUUGCCUCUAUAUUUAAUAAAACAUUUUAGAUUUAGACUUUUCAGGCCCACUUUCAACAUGGUACAGGCUAGUUUUAUUUUAAGCAAUGUACCUGUUUUGAAUUGUUUUCUCAAGACUUUAGAUUGCACUACCAUAGUGGUAAAUACAUGUAAAGUUGUUUUUCAUAUGCAUUCAACAUAUCCAUGGAACUCGUAUACAUAAUUUGGUAUUGUAUGGUUUUUCCUUGCAUUAUAUUCGUUGGUAUAAUUAGCAGUGAUCUGUGGUAACAAUGAUAGUCACCUUGAUCUUAAUCCCAAGAUCAAGAGCCUUUAUCUUAUAUUAACUCCAUAUGUAGUCGAACACUUAAAUGUCACUAUUCCCUUCACUUGUUUUCUUAGUAAUGAGCACUAAACAAGGCUUUAUGAGAUUGUUAGUUAUUGGAAUCCCCUUGGAGUUACAGAGCUGCAGCUGAUUAAUAAUUUAUCUCACCUUUAGUGUUCUUUAUUUUUGCUUGGAAUAGGGCAUGAUGGCCAUGAAAUAAAGGAAAGAAAUUAACCCAAGUAAUGUUGAUAAGAAAAGUUGAUACUUUUUGUCUAUAUUUUCUCCCUUGUUGGGAAAUUUUAUAGCAAAAUUAAUUAUUGUGGGACUAUUUUUAGGAUCACCUUAAGUUAAUGUUUAAAGGUAAUAGUACUUGUCAAGAGGAUUGAACAUUGCAUCAAAGUGAUGCAGCUGCUUUACAUUGAUUUUUUAACUAGUCGCAAGAAUAUGGUGGUUAGAUCAGGAUAAUAAACUUUUUUUGGAUAUGUAUGAGUAUUCUUGUUACCUGUUUGGUGGAUAAGUGUUGGAAAUAAAAUGAUUUCAUUUGUAAUUUGGUGUAAACAAGUACCUGUAGGGCUAGUGCAAUAUGUAGUAUUUGAAAACUUUCCAAGACAGUGCUUGCAGAGCCCUGCAACUUUGUAGUCCUCUCAUAUUCAUCAAGGGCACCUCAUCAAAAUUAUAUCUAGCAAUGAUUGAAUAAAAGCUUUGGAGAUUUUUGUUUUUACUGCAAGUCUUUAUUGACAACAACUUUAAAUUUUCUGGAUACAUUCAUCUGAAAUUGUACAAUUAUAAUUUCAAUUGCCAACAGAUUUUCUGUAAAUCAGUAACUCUCAAAAAUAAGUAAUGAAUAUCUCUCUUCCAAUGCAAAACAUUCACUUCUAUUUAGCUCAUUGCAUGUCAAUCCUCAACAUCAAAUUACAUCAUGCAUGCACAUUUGUGGCUAGAAACAGUUAUUGCAGAUUUACUGGUAGCAAUUGUUGCUUAUAAGUUCUAUAUUAGUAGUUCACAUGUACUACUGAAUAACAUUGCAUGAUUUCCUAUUCAUGUCUCAGGAAUUAAAUGUG